CCAUUUCGUGCUUUGUUUUCAUUGAGUCUCUGUGGAUCAUGGCUGCUCAUUCUGCUGAAGAACCUUUCCCUUUCCACGGGCUUCUCCCUAAAAAAGAGACCGGGGCCGCGUCUUUUCUGUCCCGGUUCCCAGAGCACGAUGGCCGGGGGGUGCUCAUCGCUGUCCUGGACACCGGGGUGGACCCCGGGGCCCCCGGGAUGCAGGUCACCACAGAGGGAAAGCCAAAGAUCCUGGACAUCAUUGACACGACGGGCAGCGGUGAUGUAAACAUGAGCACAGUGACAGAGCCUAAAGACGGGACAAUCACUGGCCUCUCUGGAAGAAUACUCAAGAUUCCCCCUUCCUGGGUCAAUCCAACAGGGAAAUACCACAUUGGAGUUAAAAAUGGCUACGAGUUCUUCCCUAAGGCACUCAAAGAAAGAAUACAGAAAGAGCGGAAGGAAAAACAGUGGGACCCAGCACACAGGGCAGCGCUCGCAGAAGUCUCCCGUAAAACUGAAGAAUUUGACCUCUCUCAUCCCUCACCCUCUCAGAUUGAGAAGUUGCAGAAGGAGGAAUUGCAGAGUCAGUCAGAGCUGUUAGCAACAUUAGAAAAGAAGUACAGUGAUCCAGGUCCAGUCUAUGACUGUGUGCUGUGGCAUGAUGGCACAACAUGGAGAGCUGUAGUGGACACCACAGAGUGCGGAGAUAUGGCCCAGUGCACUGUGCUGACGUCCUACAAAGAGAACCAGGAUUAUGCAACGUUAGGCAACGCUGAAAUGCUCAACUACUCUGUAAAUAUCUAUGAUGAGGGAAACACACUUUGCAUUGUCACAAGUGGAGGGGCUCAUGGGACACAUGUAGCGAGUAUCGCAGCGGGCUACUUUCCAGAAGAACCUGAACGCAACGGUGUGGCGCCCGGUGCUCAGAUCCUUGCCAUAAAGAUUGGUGACACUCGCCUUAGCACAAUGGAAACAGGCACAGGACUCAUCCGUGCGAUGAUCGAAGUUAUCAACUAUAAAUGUGAUUUAGUCAACUAUAGCUAUGGAGAAGCCACCCACUGGCCUAAUUCAGGGAGGAUAUGCGAGGUGAUCACAGAAGCUGUACAAAAGCACAAUGUCAUUUUUGUUUCAAGUGCUGGAAAUAAUGGCCCUUGUCUUUCAACGGUUGGCUGCCCAGGUGGAACUACAAGUAGUGUUAUUGGUGUUGGUGCCUAUGUGACCCCCGACAUGAUGGUGGCUGAAUAUUCUUUGAGGGAGAAGCUGCCUCCAAACCAGUAUACGUGGUCCUCCAGAGGCCCCUGCACAGAUGGAGCGCUCGGGGUCAGCAUCAGCGCCCCCGGUGGUGCCAUCGCGUCAGUCCCAAACUGGACUCUUCGGGGAACCCAACUGAUGAAUGGCACAUCUAUGUCAUCCCCAAAUGCGUGUGGAGGCAUCGCACUGGUCCUCUCAGGUCUGAAGCAGAACAGAAUUCGUCCCUCAGCACCGGCUGUGAGGAGAGCGCUCGAGAACACAGCCAUUAAAGUGGAUGACAUUGAGAUGUUUGCACAAGGUCAUGGGAUUAUCCAGGUGGACAGAGCGUUAGACUACCUCACUCAACACGCCUCAUUACCCACAAGUCACCUGGGCUUCUCAGUGUCAGUGGGCUCACAGAGAGGCAUCUACCUCAGGGAUCCGUCCCAAGUUCUUGCUCCUUCUGAUCAUGGAGUAGGGAUUGAACCCAUCUUCCCUGAAAACACAGACAAUUCAGAGCGCAUCUCCCUUCAGUUGCACUUGGCCCUCACUUGCACUGCCCCCUGGGUCCAGUGUCCUUCCCACUUAGAGUUAAUGAACCAGUGUCGCCAUGUUAACGUCCGCAUAGACCCAGUGGGGCUGAGAGAAGGAGUGCACUACACAGAGGUCUGUGGCUACGACACAGCAGCACCCACCUGUGGUCCCCUGUUUAGAGUCCCUAUUACAGUCAUUAUCCCAACUAAGGUGCCAGAGAGUCGUAAUCAGGAGGUGUGUUUCACAGACGUCCACUUCAGACCAGGCCAAAUCAGACGCCAUUUUAUCACUGUACCUCAGGGAGCCUCCUGGGCAGAGAUCGCGCUGACUUCUCAUUCAGGAGAUGUAUCUUCAAAGUUUGUUCUUCAUGCGGUGCAUCUAGUCAAGCAGAAAGCGUACAGAGCAAAUGAAUUUUACAAGUUUUCCUCUCUAUUAGAACGAGGGUCAUUAACUGAAGCUUUUCCGGUGCUGUCGGGUAAAAUAGUAGAGUUGUGUAUUGCGCGCUGGUGGGCGAGUCUUGGAGACGUGACUGUGGACUACAGCAUCUCGUUCCAUGGCCUCAGCACGUCUCCCUCACCUUUGCACCUACAUGCGUCUGAAGGGGUGACAAAUUUUGACGUCUUCUCUCCUCUGCGAUAUGAAGAGGUGGCUCCAACCGUCACCCUGAAAUCAUGGGUCCAGCCUCUCAGACCGGUGACUUCUAAGAUCAAGGCCUUAGGAACAAGAGAUGUUCUUCCAAACAACAGACAACUCUAUGAGAUAGUUCUUACCUACAAUUUUCACCAGCCUAAAAGUGGUGAGGUCACCCCGAGCUGCCCCACGCUGUGUGAGCUGUUGUAUGAGUCUGAGUUUGACAGUCAGCUGUGGAUGCUGUUUGAUCAGAACAAGAGACUGCUGGGCUCUGGGGACGCGUACCCACACCAGUAUUCCCUGAAGUUGGAGAAGGGCGACUACACCGUGAGGCUGCAGGUCCGUCAUGAACAGUCCAGUGAACUCGAGCGACUCAAAGAUCUGCCCUUUGUCGUGUCCCAUCGCCUCUCCACCACACUCAGUUUGGACAUCUAUGAAAGCCACCGGGGGGCGCUCAUGGCCAAGAAGAAGGCCAACUCUCUCACCCUGUGUCCUGGAGCCACACAGCCCUUCUACGUCACCUCUCUGCCUGAUGACAAGAUCCCCAAAGGAACAAGUCCAGGCUGUUUCCUUUCAGGGUCUUUGGUUGUUGCCAAAAGUGAAUAUGGAAAGAAAGCAGGGCAGGCCUCUGCAAAACGACAAGGAAAGUUUAAAAAGGACAUAGUGCCAGUUGUGUACCACCUCAUCCCUGCUCCAAACAAAUCAAAGAACGGAGGAAAAGACAAAGAAAAGGACACGGACAAAGAGAAGGAUGUGAAGGACGAGUUUGCUGAAGCCUUGAGAGACUUGAAGAUUCAGUGGAUGACAAAGUUGGACUCAAAUUCAAUUUAUGAUGAACUGAUGGAAAACUUCUCAGAAUACCUUCCCCUGCACGUUCAAAGACUGCAUCAGCUCGACUCUGAAAAGGAGCGAGCUAAACGUCUUAAAGAGGUCGUUGCUGCAGCUGAUAUCGUCAUCUCACGCAUCGAUCAAACGGCUUUGGCUGUUUAUCUCACCAUGAAGACAGACCCCCGGCCAGACGCUGCCUCGAUCAAAAGUGACAUGGAGAAGCAGAAGUCCUCUCUGUUGGACGCCCUGUGUAGAAAAGGCUGCGCUCUGGCCGAUCAGCUCCUGUUGCCGCUCACUCAGGACGGGGCGGCUGCAGGACAGGUCUCAGGAGAGGAGGGGGGAGACCCGGCCCCCAGCAGCUCAGACGACACCGUACAGGCGAUCACCAAAGCCCUGUCCGACGUCUUCUGGGACGUGCAGAAGUGGGCUGAGCUCACGGACUCCAAGGUUCUGAUGUUUUCAUACAAACACGCUUUGGCCAAUAAGAUGUACGGUCGAGCCCUGAAAUUUGCCACAAAGAUGGGAGAGGAGAAGCCCAGUAAAGAAAACAUGAAAAACUGUAUUCAGCUCAUGAAGAAUCUCAGAUGGACCCAUUGCGCCACCUACAGCGAGAACUGGCUCCCCGUCAUGUAUCCUGCAGACUACACCCCUUUUUAAACACAUCCUCUGUCCGCACACACCAUCAGCAUGACCCUCCACCACUCUGACUCCGAGACUAAGUCCUUAGGGUCACUUAGGUUUUUUUUAAAUUAUUUUUACCAACAAAGUUUACUCUGAAUGUUCACAUAUAACUAUGACGCAUUAAGAUCAAGGGAAUGCAGUUUAUUUUUCGUACUGGGACGAUGGCGGUCUGUUCUGAGUAGCACAGCGGGCAUUGCAUCUCUGCCUUGGCUCAAACCCAAAUGCCAGCAAUGCAACAAACACUUUUCAAUCUUCACGUUUUUUGAUGCUAAGGAAAUUUGGACACUGCUUUUUUUAGUGUCAUGAGCACAUUCGAGUCUUCAGACCUACCUAUUGUCAUAUCGUAAUUUUGUUUAUGAUCAAUGUCCAAUCAUCAAACGAUAUCGAUUGAAAACAUGGUGCUGUCUGAACGUGGGACUUUUUAAACAAUCAGACUUGUACAGACACCAUGCCCUGUAGUACAAACAGGUUAUAACAGACUUGCAUAUUAUCGUUUUUAUCGUUUUAAAUUAGAUCUGUUUGUAAGUUAAUGUUAAGUAUAUGCCAUUUUCAGCUCAGACUCAGAUCCAAAACACAACCGUUUUGAGGUGCCUUGUACUCGUACCUUACCGUCUUUCUUUGGGUGUAAAGUUUAGAUUUUUUUUGAGCUGCGAAAAAGUCUCGAAAAAAUCACUCGCUUCACCCAAAUCUUUUCUCACAAACCUCACUUUAACAAACAAUGCAGCUGCCUUUACUCAUCUUAUUUCACUGUAAAUUACUCAGUGUGUUAUUUCUGCAACUUGUACACUGUCAAAUUGUACAUACACGUAACGUACAAUUAUUAAAAUGCAAUAGCUAUAUAGUCAAAUGUUCUAUUAGAUGUAUUUUACAUAUAUGCAUGUCGUCUAGAAUCAAGGCUUUUUAUUUGGACGCAUUUUAUCUUAUUUUACGGUUUAUAAUCCCCAUUACAGUAAUAUUAUACCUAUUAUGAUGUUGAAGAGUGCGUCUGUGAGUGUUUGUACUUGUUUAUUUCAUGUAGUUGAACUUUUUAAACUGACAGAAGCCAUUUAAUUAGAUAGAUAUAUAUGGCCCGAUGUUAUAAAUGCUAAAGUGUAUUUAAAUAUGUCGUUAAUAAGAGCAUCAAGGCAGACCUAAGCUUCACUGUGAUGGUUAUUAUCAGCCAUUACUGUGUCCUGGAAUAUUGGAAAUCAGAGCCAAUAGAUCCUCUUUGAAAAUGGGCAUUGAAGUUUCGUAGGAUUUUAGCACUCGCAGAUUAAUUGUGUGUUAUUUAAUUAAGAAAAUCAAGUGAGUGGCGCUUCGGCCAACGCAUUUUGAAGAAUUCGGCUGCAUUCACGAUAAACCUGCGCAACUGGCUUAACAUAAUGUGUAAUUUUGAUUUAGUAUUUAGAUAUUAUUCAAUUACAUACUGUACAGGAUUCAAGAGACUAUGACUAUUAUCUAAAUAUAAACCAAUGGGCUAAAACGAUGCAAAGAAGCAGGAAGGAGCUCUCCGCUAAGUCCUUUGCACUGCUGAUCUCUCCAUCUUUCGUUACCCGUUGCGUCGUGAAGUGCAUUGGCCACAUGUGUAACCGUCUUUGUGGUUAUAAAGGUCGCAGUGUGCACCUGGGAAUGUGGAAUGAGCCGCUCUCGAGUGCAGAGCGUUUGUGUCUCUGGGGAGUUCAUGAUCUUUUUUUGAGACUUGGAUCUUUGCCAUCACAUCUCACGUUUUUCCCAUGAGGUACGGACCUGCUGCACUUCUGUUUUAAAGCUUUGACUGUCUGCACUUUGUCGGCUCAGGCUUUUUCCCACAUUUAGUUUUUAAUGUUGAUGUUUAUGUCCCGACCUCAUGCAUUUCAAGUGUGUUUGGGGUUUGAUUUAGUAUCCAUUGCCAAUAAUUUCUCAAAUGGCCUUAACUUUCACAUUAAAUGCCGUCCAUUUUAUAGUUUUACAUUUCUCACUUUGCUGGUAUCAGGAAAAAAGUUGAGUGACUUUAAAAGUUAAAAAUGCCAAGAUUUUAAAAUUGUAUGUAUGCAUUUAGUAUUUUUACCCAGAACAUCUUCCCUGGGUGAUGGAGUGAGAGCUUCAGCCACUGACACGUUUUGUGAUCUCAAAACAAUGAAGCAACACUCAAUAAAUGACUAG